CUCGCCGUGAGCCGCGGCACGUCUGCGCACGCGCCGAAGAAAGUCACCGGAACACUCAUGGCUUUCUAUCAACCGACACAUUUCAAAUGGAAUUUAUAAAGUUCAUUUGAAUUCGAGAACAAAUCCACGGCAGUGCAUUGUGUGACACGUUCGACGUUCAAAUUUCUGACGUUUCGUAAUUAACUGUCAUUAUUUGAAUUUAAGUGACAGAUAGUGUGACGAAAGUGAAUUUUGAGUGUGAUUCGAAAAUCAGUUUAGUUUUAAACUUUUGAAGUGACCAUUUAUAACACCUGUAGUUGGAUUGUUUUAAUUGUUAUUUGGAUGCUGCUAUUCCGAUCAUCAUAAUGGAUCCAAGAAAUCAAUUAUCGCGAGAGCGCGAGUGCGCGUUACAUCAUGGGUCAGGAACAGUCGUACUCGCACGCUAGCGUGGCUCCGGUGCGGCGGUACACUCACAAGGACAAGUACGAGGAGCCCCUGCAGUACAGGAGCGCGCCCCUCGACUACCGCGCACACGACUACGACAAGGACUACAAACGGCACAAGGCGAGGCGGAGCGCCGACAGCUUCAAGAGCGACAACUCCUCGACCGAGAGCAGCGGCUACAGGAGCGGCUCCAGCGCCUGCGAGUACCGCUCCGACAGAUCCUCCAGAAGCGACUACUACUGUACGUCUCUCUACAAGAACGAACACUACAAAGACGUCAACAAAGAACUCUACAAACCCGUCAAGCUACACAAAGAGAAACGAUACAACACGCUACAACUGUUCGACGCCGAAAAAGACGAUUUGAAGAGCGCUCGCCUCAAAAGCUAUCUUAGUGAAACGGAAAAGGCGAAAACGACGCCCAUGAAAAAACCGGGCAUAAGAAAUUACACGCCUAAAAUUCUUUCGGAAGAGGAGCAAAGAAAAAAGUCGCACAAUUGGAUCUAAGAGAGCUAAGACUAGUA